AGAAAAAGAACGCGGAGAAGGAAAACACCAGAACUUGUCCGUCAAAUGUGAAGUUUACGCCCGAAAGGGAUGAUUUUGUUUGAUCUUUUGUAGGUUGCGUUCGGUUUCUCUUUAAGGUCCUGACAAUUCCUUCCAGCACUUUAUUUGACUUAGAUACCCACAAAGAUAUUCCUUUCACUUUGGAAAUUGAUUGAAGUCACAUGGCAUGGAUUCUGAACCUUAUGUGAUAUGAGUAAAGAUCCAUAAACACUGUAACAGAUCACUUACAAUACUAUAGAUUGGAAAAAAGAUUUUAGAAAUGGCUCCUCAUGAAGAAAAUGCAUAAAUGAAAAAAAUAUUAUGCUUGAUUGAUAAGAUAGUUUGUUUGUGUUCUGGAGAAGAUGGCUUAUGUUAGCCCAAAGGAAUUUGCACUAAUAUUUGGAGUAGUGGCUGCUUGCUACUGGAACAGUCUAUUUUGUGGCUUUGUUUUUGAUGAUGUUUCUGCCAUUUUGGACAAUAAAGAUUUGCAUCCUUCAGCUCCAAUUAAAAAUCUUUUUUUGAAUGACUUCUGGGGAACACCCAUGUCUGAGGAGAGAAGUCACAAGUCGUAUCGACCGUUCACCGUCUUCACAUUUCGUUUAAACUAUCUGUUCAGUGAAUUAAAUGCUAUUUCUUACCACUUCCUGAAUAUCAUCUUCCAUGCAAUUGUUUGCAUCAUCUUCCUCAAAGUCUGUAAGCUUUUUUUAGACAGCAAAAGCAGUUUGGUUGCAUCUUUACUAUUUGCAGUACAUCCCAUACAUACUGAAGCCGUAACUGGUGUGGUGGGCAGAGCAGAGCUUCUCUCUUCAAUCUUUUUUCUAGCUGCUUUUCUGUCCUAUACCAGAUCCAGAGGGCCAGAAAACACAAUAGUAUGGACUCCUAUUGCAGCAACAGUUUUUUUGGUGGCUGUUGCUACAUUAUGUAAGGAACAAGGAGUAACAGUGGUGGGGAUAUGCUGUGUCUAUGAAGUAUUUAUUGCUCAAGGGUAUACUUUGCCAGUUCUUUGGUAUACAGUGUUACAAAUUCUUCAAGGCAAAGGCAGCAUUCCCUACUGUAUGCUUCAAAUGCUAUUGAAACUGAUAGUUCUGAUGUUCAGUACCCUACUACUUGUUGUGAUCAGAGUCCAAAUUAUUCAAUCCCAGUUACCGGUGUUUACAAGGUUUGAUAACCCAGCUGCUGUAAGUCCAUCUCCUGUGAGGCAGCUGACUUUCAGUUACCUCCUUCCAGUAAAUGCUUGGCUGCUUUUAAAUCCUUCUGAAUUGUGUUGUGACUGGACAAUGGGCACCAUCCCAUUGGUAGAAUCCAUUCUAGAUGUACGAAAUAUUGCCACUGUCACCUUCUUCUGUUUUUUGGGCACUUUGGUAGUCUUCAGUCUCUGGUAUCCUGGGGAUUCCUCCAAGACUGUAUUAAUGGCUCUUUGUUUAAUAAUUUUGCCAUUCAUCCCAGCAUCAAACCUUUUUUUCCCUGUUGGCUUCGUAGUAGCAGAACGAGUGUUAUAUGUUCCCAGCAUGGGAUUCUGCAUGCUAAUUGCCCAUGGGUGGAAAAAGCUGUCAAGUAACAGUACCCUGAGAAAGCUAUCAUGGAUUUGUUUGUCUUUGGUUUUGUUCAUUCAUGCCUUAAAAACAUUGCAGAGGAACUGGGAUUGGGAAUCGGAAUAUACAUUGUUUAUGUCUGCUUUAAAGGUAAAUAAGAACAAUGCUAAACUCUGGAAUAAUGUGGGUCAUGCUUUAGAAAAUGAAAAGAACUUUGAAAGAGCAUUGAGAUUCUUCAUACAGGCCACCCAAGUGCAGCCAGAUGAUAUUGGUGCUCAUAUGAAUGUAGGAAGAACUUACAAAAAUUUAAACAGAACCAGAGAAGCAGAAGAAUCCUAUUUAGUUGCAAAAUCAUUGAUGCCACAGAUUAUUCCAGGUAAAAAAUAUGCUGCGCGAGUUGCUCCUAACCAUCUGAAUGUUUACAUAAACCUUGCAAACCUGAUUCGGGCAAAUGAGUCUCGUCUUGAAGAAGCAGACCAAUUGUAUCGUCAAGCCAUUAGCAUGAGGCCAGAUUUCAAACAGGCAUACAUUAGCAGAGGUGAAUUGCUUCUAAAGAUGAACAAACCUUUGCAAGCUAAAGAAGCUUACCUAAGGGCUCUUGAAUUGGAUCGAAGCAAUGCAGACUUAUGGUAUAACUUGGCAAUUGUUUAUAUUGAAUUGAAAGAUCCAUCUGAAGCUCUGAAGAACUUCAAUCAGGCAUUAGAACUGAAUCCUAGUCACAAACUAGCCUUGUUCAAUUCUGCACUAUUAAUGCAAGAAUCUGGUGAGGCCAGCCUUAGGCCUGAAGCCAAGAAGAGACUUCUAAGUUAUAUAAAAGAAGAAUCUCAAGAUGCAAAUGGUUAUUUUAAUUUAGGCAUGCUUGCAAUGGAUGAUAAAAAAGAUGAUGAAGCCGAGAUGUGGAUGAAAAAAGCCAUAAAGUUACUGCCAGGCUUCCGCAGUGCUUUGUUCAACUUGGCAUUGCUUUAUUCUCAGACUGCAAAAGAACUGAAAGCUUUACCAGUGUUGGAGGAGUUGUUGAGGUACUACCCAGAUCAUACCAAAGGUUUAAUUUUGAAGGGAGACAUUUUGAUGAACCAAAAGAAAGAUAUACAGGGAGCAAAACAAUGUUUUGAGAAAAUUCUGAAAAUGGACCCAAACAAUGUGCAAGGAAAACACAACCUCUGUGUGGUUUACUUUGAAGAGCGAGACUUAUUAAAGGCAGAAAAAUGCUUAGUGGAAACACUGGCCUUAGCCCCACAUGAGGAAUACAUCCAACGCCAUUUAAGCAUUGUCCGAAGUAAAAUUGCUUCCCUCAGACUAGGGGACACAAGUGUGACUCAUACAGAAAAAGUAGCAUCUGUGGAAGGAAAAAAAACUCCAUCUGAACACUUGAAAGAGGUAAAAAAAGAGCAGAAGAGCCCUCAGACCACAAACACUAAUGUCAGCAAGGAGCAAAGGAAGUCCAAAAAACAUGGAAAUAAAAACACUACAGACAAAGAGACAAAAAAGAAAUCGACAAAAGAGAUAAAAGAGAUAGAGAAAAAAAGAGUUGCUGCACUGAAAAGACUGGAAGAGAUUGAACGUAUAUUAAAUGGUGAAUAAUUAUUUAAAGCACCACUAUAAGGGAAACUGGCAUCUAUUUUGCAGAUUUUACAUGUGCAUUGCAUGUGUUUUCAGUCAAAGUGACCACAGGGUGCUUUUGAAUUUGGAAACAAUAUUGAAAUCAUAAUGUUAACUAAAAUUGAAGAAGAUACACAAUGAAUAGGAAAAGCCAUGGCUUUUAACCAAGAAUGCUUGGUUAAGGAGUUGCACAUAAUUGACACACAAGGACUUUUCCAGCAAUGGAAGCUAUAUUCUAGUAUUGCUGGUUAGAAGAAUAGCUUAUUAGCCCAGAAACAAAUCCCACUAAAUUAAACUCCUUAUUUGAAAGUAAGCAAGUUAGGGCUUGGCUGCAAAAUACUUGCAACCAACUAUGCUCAGUUCUUUCUGUUCUCAAAGAACAGUUAAAAUGCUGAUAGAUAAAUAUUAAAAAGAGCCUCAGGUAUAUUGGUCACCAGACUAAUUUUACUAGAGAAAACCAUGGGUCUGAGUAUUUGAGCAUUGCAAAUUUGGAUGACUAUUUUUUUAUUUCAUACAUCAAAUCAUUUUUUCUAUGUAAAUGUAUAUGGCACAUUCCCAUUUUGUCCUCCUGCUUCCUUGUAAGUAUUAAUGUUCCAAAUGAAUUGGGAAUUAAUUAGCAAAUACCACUUGUGUUUCUGUAUGUGCAUGCAAUCAUUUGAUUAUUUUUUUUAAAAAAACUUCAAUAAAUCACUACAGGUACAGUGAUUUUCCGUAUCACGGGGAGAAGCAGGAGUACUCAUCCCCCAAAGAUAAUCCCUCUUGAAAAGCUUUGCCCUGUUUGUUUGGGGUUUUUUUUGGCAGCUCCAUACUGUGAUGCUUCAAAUAUAGGAAAAAUGUAACUGUUUCUGAACUGUCAUCCGUUUAUUAAGAAAUCAAUGUAAAACAUAUGGGAUCGUUUCUAAGGUGAUGGAUUUUUUUACCUCUUUUAUGGUUGAAUAAUAGAUAUGCAACAUCUCAUAAUAUAUACUAGGUAUUUUUUUAAGCUCCUCACUGAUUAAAUUGCCUUCCUGUGAUAAUGCAUUAUAAGGAAUGGCAAACCAUUACAGUUUUAUUUGCAAUCACGGUAAUUAUGUUUUAAUAUAGAAAAUGUAGACCUAAACCACAUAAUAUCAGCUACCAACUGCUUAAGUGACUUCUAUGAAGAUUAAGGUUGAAAAGAGAGGAGGGAGUGCUUCAGCUCCUUGGUAAAAUGCAGGAUUUAUCUAAACCGAAUAAAAUCUUUUGCAACAAGGAACCAUGUUUGACAUUUUGAAAGUCCCAGAAACUUAAGGUACGCCUGCAAAAGAAUCUUGGAAAAAAAGCUUUAUCAUGGUAUACGUUAGCUAGAGAAAUGAUCUGACAUGGUAUAAGACAGAUUCUUAUGUUCCUGUUUGGAGAAACAAAACAGGUAUAGAAACAAAAGAUAAGGUGAAAGAAAUGUCUCUUGGCUGCAAAUAAACAACAGGAUUUUCUUAGAAUUGGAAGUUGUAGGAACUGAGUCCAUAACAUAUGCCUGCAAAUAAAUCCUUAUAUUUGAGGGAAAUAAGUCUGAUAGCAAAUUCAUGUCUUGAAGCAUCUUUUCUUCAGAUGCCUUAGCAGGCUAAUAGCUGGAGGUGUAUUCCUCCCCAUCAUCAUGUUACACAUAAUAGAUUGUCAUGUGACAAUCAUACUUGUAACUUACACAAAGAUUACUUAUUGCUUUAAAUCUCAGUAUAAAUUCAGAAAUUCUUUUCAGCUUGAAAGUUUCUGGUGUAAUUCCAAACAUGAAUUUUCCAUUUUUGUUGCAGAAAUUUGGGCAUUGUAAUUAAAUACUUGUUUUGCUAAAUUUCCUAUGAUUUUCAUUAACAGCUUUGUUAGGAUAAGAUAACUAAAUCUCUUAUGUGAAACUUGAACUCAUCAUUUUUAUAUCUGUGGCUAUAUAUUCUUCCUCAGUUUAUCUCUGGAUCACCUAAAAGUGUUUUUGUUUUUAUUUUAUUUUUAAUCAUUUUUUUUUCAAAUAUGUUAACUUCAUGGAUGUUGAAGAAAUGUUUACAUGAGCAAACUUACUGAAUUCUUUAUUAUUUUUCCCCUUUCUUCAUAACAUGUCUUAGCAUAGGUUGUGGUUAGUAUGAACUCCAAAACAAUCAGAAUUGUUACUUUAAAAAAAAAGAUGUGUCACAAGCUCAGGAAAUCCUAGUAGUUUCUACAGGACAAAGAUUUCAGUUUUUUUAUUAAAGUAUUGAAUGGAAGGAGCCACACAGGCUAACCAAAAUAUGCAUUUGGAUUCUAGUACAGUACAAAGCACUUUUAUGCACAUAUUGAUGGGUGCUGAAAUGCAAAGGGGGAGCUGGCAGUUUCUCUGAUGGCAAAGCAUCUCACUGAGGUGGAUUGUGAAAGAUGUGCCAGUCGAAUAUUGACAUAUCACUGUGUCAUCUUGACUGAUAUCUUAGUUUCCUCCAAAAAUAACUUGACAUUACCCAUAGGCAACACUCUGAACAUCGUCCAGUUUCUCUGCCUCGUUGCCGCUGGUUGGCUUCAUCCCAUGUUAUUCCACAGAUUUUGUUCUGGGGGGAGGGAUGUGCAGAAGAGACCAUAGUGGGGAAGGAAAAUCUUACUGUGCAUGUGGAUUGCUACCCAGUCUUGAGAUAACUGUAUAUGUUUAAACAUAAAUUGGAAUGUCUAUGAAAUAAUAAACAGUGGCUUGGUAUGUGCAUAAUUUCUGUGUGGGGUGUAGUUUUCUAGUUGACAAUUUACUAGCAUAGACUUUUUUUAAAAAAAGUGGGGGGAAAUAUAAAAUAAUGACAUAAGGAAUGUAUAGUAAAAUUAAGCAGUGCCCUCAAAUAGAAGGAAAUUCUAAGAAAUAUAGAUAAAUUACUCAAUGAAAGAGCUGUGUGUGCAUUGUUCUGCUACCAGAAUUUUUUGUCCGGUCAGUAUUUCAUAUUUCUCAGUCAUCAAAUUCUGUAACACUAGAGCUUCGCUAUAGUACUUCUCAGUUUCUUGCUAGUGAAAUAAUAAUAGUUAGCUAAGCUUUAUUCAAAAUGAAUUAACAAUUAGAAAACAGCUGUAUAUCACAGAAAUCCUGCAAAAUCCUCCAAACUAUCAAAACAUAUGCAGUGGCUUUCCAUUAUUUGUAUCCUGCAAACUAGUAGCAAAUUCAGCUUACAAGUUGAUCUUAAUAGAUGACAAAAUUUUAAUGUCAGUUUGGUUAUCUCACUUUUAUACAAAUCCCUAUACUCAAUAUUUUAUGAUGGCAAUAUCUUUUAUAUAAAGGUCAUUUCUUUAUGUAAAGGUGCUUUCAAAGCAUGCUGGGCUUGAAGUGAACAGCAGAUUUUUAAAAAAUUAUUUCAUAGAUAACCCAUUUAUUAUAACAUAAAGGGUGUUUUGGAUCACAGUUCAUCACAUUAGAUUGGUUUUUUGAUAGCAUAGAUAUGAGAUGGGUGAAAAGUAAUGCCUCCAAUGUUAUGAGUCCAUAAGUGGCAGUACAGAUGUGCAUUAAACUCUCACAUGUUAUUUAGUAUCUGUUCUUUCACUUGGCAGAAAAUUAAUAUGAGAAAAGUGUGUUGUUAUUGUUUAUGAAGUGGUAUGCUGGAGUUAGUACAUAUUCCUGUGCUUCAAGCAACAUAAUGCAAUUGAAUUUUUAACUACCAAGUAUCCUUCCAGAUGAAAUUCAUCAUUAAAGUCUUCAUAGGCUUGUAAAGUCCUCUUUAUCAUCUCAAUCUUUAGAAGUUUUUCUGAAUUUUUCUUAAAGUGUGAUGCCCAAAAUUGAACAUAAAAUGUAUGAUGGGAUCUACCAAUUUAGAAUAAAAUGUGAAUAAUUUCCUUGGGUCUGAAAAUGUAUACUUCUGUGGAUGCAUUUGCUUUUUUUUCAGCCACUUCAAACUAUUCAUCAGUAUGCAAUCUACAAUUCAGAAAUAUUUGUCACAAGAUUCUCCCACAAUAUCUAUGUAUGUGAUCUUUGUUUCCUAAGUGUGAAUUUUUUAUAGUAUAUCUUCCAAGGUAUUAGCCAUCCAUCUUUACCACAAAAUGCUCACAAUACAUAUCAUACAAGUUACUGCUAAAAAAUGAGAUAUAGUUAGUCUGGCAAGUCUUGUUCCUGAUAAAUCCAUGAUGAAUUCUGAUUAAAAGGGAUUUUUUUUCAAAAUAUUUUUAAAUCCACCUCUUUAUAAUCUGCUGCAAAAUCUUUUCAUGCAUUAAUCUUAGACUGACCAAUGUCAGUUCCCUGUAUUUUAAUAAUAGCAAUUUAUACUUUAUUAAAUGUAUAUGCCACCUGACACCCAACAACUCUAACUAUUUUGUGUAUGUUUAAUUAUUUCUAAUUAGAGUUGUUAAAAAUAUUCUUUUCUGCACUUUUAUACCAGCUUCAUGGUAGUAAAUUAAUGAUAGCAAUUUUGGUUUCAAAAUGUAUUUCAGUGACCUUGUGCUAUUUAAUGACUGCAAUGAAGUUAGUUUAUGUUAUUUCAGUGAAGUAAAUAUGUGUGAAAUCCUCUUGGGGCAAUAUGGUCCUUCAUAUGUGUUAAGUUCAUAAUGGGUAACUGUAUGUAUAAAUGUCCUGGUUUUUAUUACA